ACCACUCUCAUUUUGGAAACCGAGAGGUUCUGAUUCAACUCUCUCUUCUUCAACCUCUCUCUCUUUCUCUGAGAGAUUGAAAAAUGGCGAAUCUACGAAAUGGUGGUAGAAGCCAUGAAGAACAAAUUCUUCGAAGCGUGGCCAGAAUUUUCUCCUUCAGAGUUCUCGCCUCCGUUGCAUUGUUCAUCUUCUUCUCUCUCUCCGUGUUCACUUUCAGCACCGACACUUCUGAUCUCCCAUUUCCUGUAACUGGUUAUGGUUCUGGCUCUGACUCUGAUCGGAUCAAUUCCGGGAGAAGACUUCCAUUAGCUGUGAAAUCGGAUCCUCUGAAACCGCGGCUGGAUCAGAUCCGGAAGCAAGCUGAUGACCAUCGGAAUUUGCUUCAAGCAUAUGCCUCUUAUGCUCGAAGGCUUAAGCUUGAGUACUCGAAGAUUGUUAGGGUAUUCGCGGAUCUUUCUCAGAACUAUACGGAUCUCAAUAAUAAACCUGCUUACCGUAGUCUCUUUGAGCAUGACACGCCUACCAUGGAUGAAGCUCUGCUUCGUCAAUUUGAGAAGGAGGUGAAGGAGCGUAUAAAAGUCACCCGACAAGUGAUUGCCGAAGCGAAAGAGUCGUUUGACAAUCAACUCAAGAUCCAGAAGCUGAAGGAUACGAUUUUUGCAUCGAAUGAACUGUUGACGAAAGCCAAGAAACAAGGAGCUUUCUCAAGUUUGAUUGCAGCAAAGUCUCUUCCGAAAAGCUUGCACUGCAUUGCAAUGAGGUUAAUGGAAGAGAGGAUUGCGAAUCCUGAGAAAUAUUCAGACGUAGGAAAGCCAGUACUGCCCGAAAUAGAGGAUCCAAAUCUAUACCAUUAUGCGAUAUUCUCGGAUAAUGUUGUUGCUGCAUCAGUGGUGGUUAAUUCCGCUGUGAAGAAUGCCGAAGAACCAUGGAAGCAUGUGUUUCAUGUCGUUACUGACAAGAUGAAUCUUGGGGCAAUGCAAGUUAUGUUCAAAUUGAAAAACUAUAAUGGAGCUCACAUUGAAGUCAAGGCAGUGGAGGAUUACAAGUUCUUGAAUUCUUCUUACGUUCCAGUGCUUCGCCAGUUAGAGUCUGCGAAUUUACAAAGGUUCUACUUUGAGAACAGUGUUGAAAAUGCGACGAAGGACUCGACAAAUAUGAAGUUCAGAAAUCCCAAGUAUCUAUCAAUUCUGAACCAUUUGCGGUUUUACUUGCCUGAGAUGUACCCAAAACUACACAGAAUUUUGUUUCUGGACGAUGACAUAGUGGUCCAGAAGGACUUGACUGGCUUGUGGAAGAUUGAUAUGAAUGGAAAAGUAAACGGAGCAGUGGAGACCUGUUUUGGCUCGUUCCAUAGAUAUGCACAGUACAUGAACUUCUCACAUCCAUUAAUCAAGGAGAAGUUUGAUCCCAAGGCGUGCGCGUGGGCUUAUGGAAUGAACUUCUUCGACUUGGAUGCUUGGAGAAGGGAAAAAUGCACAGAAGAUUAUCACUACUGGCAGAAUAUGAAUGAAAAUCGAACGUUGUGGAAACUGGGGACGUUGCCUCCUGGUUUAAUCACAUUUUACUCGACGACAAAGCCACUGGACAAGACAUGGCACGUCCUGGGACUCGGUUACAACCCGAGCAUUAGCAAGGAGGAGAUUCAAAAUGCUGCAGUUGUGCACUUCAAUGGGAACAUGAAGCCAUGGCUGGACAUUGCCAUCUCCCAGUUCAAGCCAUAUUGGACAAGGUAUGUGGAUUAUGACUUGGAGGUUGUCCAAUCCUGCAAUCUUGGCCUUUAGAAUAUGGCUGAUCCCUCUAUUUAUUAUAUCCAUAUAGUUGGUUGUUUGUAGUUAUAGCCUUAUAGGAGCAGAUUUUGGCAGCUUUUUUCCCAAGGAGAAAGCCAACAUUAUUUUGAUCCAAAAUGUAGUAAUAUCUUUAAACAUUAAUUCACUCUUUUCUAUUUGUUUACUAGGAUUA